AAAACACUGCGGCGGCGGUGGCGGCGCGCGCUCACAAGUUUUGACGCAGUUAUGAGGAAAACAAGCGAGGCAGCGGACACGGCUUCGGGAGUCAUCGACAGUCGGGAAAAAGGAAGACAUUAAAGGAAAUACGUGAGAUUUAGGUGUUUACACAGUGUAAUAGAUAAACAGGCACGCGCGUGGGGUGGACACCAAGUUUCCUGGGCGGCUCGUGUCUUCUGAUAAACGUGUUGCACAAGAAGCAAAGCAACACUGCGUUUUGUUUGUUUGUUUGAUUUUUUUUUUUUUUUUUUUGUUCUUUUUGUUUUUUCCAUAAAACCUUUUGUAACGUGAAAAGUAUUUAAGUUGAGACGAUCAUGACAGAUGUGGAUGUUGCGCGGUCCUGUCCGGACGGAGCGGAUGUGGAGGCGGAAAAGGAGAGCCAGGAGAGCCGCACGCUGCUGAUGGUGGCGAUGAUCCUGCUGGACCUGAACCGCUGCGGCGGAGUCUGCGCGAAGAGCGCGGGAGAGAGUGAACAUCAUCAUCAUCAGCAUCAAUCCGCGGAACGGGAGAAGGCCCGGGAGCCUGCACGCGAGCCGCGGGGGCGCAACCGGCAAGGCGCCGAGAAGAAGCACCGCUGCCCCUACGCUCGAUGCGGCAAGAUCUACGGAAAGUCAUCUCAUCUGAAAGCGCACUGCCGUGUCCAUACCGGUGAGAGACCAUUCCAGUGCACAUGGCCCAGCUGCAACAAGCGCUUCUCUCGUUCAGAUGAGCUGACGCGUCACUUCCGUACACACACGGGUGAGAAGCGCUUCGCCUGUCCCCUCUGCACCAAGUGCUUCAUGCGCAGUGACCACCUGACCAAGCAUGCACGCCGCCACGACGGCUUCCAUCCCAGCAUGCUCUGCAAGCCCAAUGGCCGUCGGCGCCGCUCCUCACCCUCCACAUGCUCCACGUCCUCUUCGGGCUCCGGAGAUGCUGCGUGAAUGUUAAGAACUUUUAUACAUAUUUCUAUAUAGGAUCUGCACACACUUCUGAUUUGUACGCUGCCAGAUCAAAAAGUCACCUGGACCUUUUGGGACUGCCUCUGGAGCUUUCGUGUUAUCCGUAUGUGACAUGUGAACAAAAACGCCAACAUUUUCGUGCAUAUAAUUUCGUAAACAGACAGUUUAAGAAGGCAAAUAUACAGCAUAUUUAUACAUACUCUCCCACAUUCUGGAAUUAAAUAGAAAGAUCGUCAGGAGUUUAGUAUGGCUUGUUGCGCUUCAAGCUUUACAAGCUGUAAAAAAAAAUGUAAAAUGUGAUCAUAAAAUAUUCAAAGGGUGAUCACAGCGCUUCGUAGGAAUUUACAUGUAAUGUAACAAAUCCUAGAAUCCAAAAAUGCACAUGCUCAUAAUCUGGCUUUUUUCCCCCUUUUCUUUUUUGGACCUGUACUUUUUAUUUGGACAUUCCCUUUAACUUCCUGGUCCUAAAUCCCCCCACUUCCGUGUGUUCCUGUGAACUGUAAGGCAAAGUUAAAGCUGAGCACAUCCUAAUCAAAGUACUUCACAAGUAAAUAUGGAGGUGAUGUCAAGGUGCAUGUGAUGUCAUAGUGUAAUGAGACCAAAAACCAUCAGUAUUUUUAAUCCAGGACGAUCCAGCACAGUUCAUAAAUGUGGGAAAGGCUCUUUAUGGUUAAUGUGAUGGUUCACCAGCUCUAUGAGAGAACUUUAGGUGUGGGAUGAUGUAUAACCUAGCUGCCUAUACUAUUAUUUUAUUAUGAUGGUAAGAGUAGAGAGUAAAAAUACGUAUAUGUUGUAAAUAAAAACUUUUUAUAUAAAACCACAUUCAAGAACGAGCCCACGUUGAAUUAUCGCUGUAUAAUUACAAAACUGAUUGUCAAAUACAAUAAUUCAGUUGCAUUAGGUUUUACAAUGGACAGAGUUGCAAUGGAUCUCACAGACAUUAUCUGGGGAAAAAAAUCACAAUUUACCCUUUGACCACUAGUAGCUAAACUAUUUAUACACAUUCAGUAUUUUAAGUUUUUUUUUCUCUCAGUUCUGCACCAGCGCUUCAGUACUAUGUCUUCCUCCAACGGUAUCGUUUUUAUGUGAUUUUAAGCAAAGAUGUAUUAUAAUCUAUAAACGGUAACAAAACUUUGCAGUGUAGCUGACUAUUGAGUCAUCAUGGAGGCGGCCAUUUUGGAAAAACUUUUUUUUUUUUUUUUUUUUGUUUACCUUGCUGUUGUUUUUUUCCCAUGUUCUGGCACAAAAUCAUCCUGGUUUAUCGAAUGAAUUUGUGUUAAGUGAAAUGCGUGUAAUUAUUUAUUUUGUUUAGUGAAGAUUUUCCACGAAUGGUCACCUGAGAUCGACAAACACAGUAAAUUAACAAACAAGGAUUCACAGUCUUCUCUGUGAAUGGGAUAGGAUGAAACGAGCAAAGCCUGAGAACUGUACCAGAAUUAGCUCAUAUUCAAUUGUACUAUCAUUUAGAAAACUGUUUGUGUAGCGGAUUACAUACAGUAUUUCUGGUAAUCGUUUUCACAGGCAGGUACAUUCAGUUUUUAGAGUUUUAUGGCUAUAAAAUAAUAUGUAUUUAUGUAUUAAUUCCCCAAAGGAAUUCUUUUUUCAGUAAUGUGAGUGUUGCUUCCUUAAAUGAAUGCUGAAGUGGAAUCUUUUUUUAUUAUUAUUAUUAUUAUUAUUUAGAGCAAUUUCCAUCUAGUUUAUAGUAUAUAAUAUAUCGGGCUGUAAUUAAGUACUCUCUUUAUAGCGCCCUUGUCAUGUUUUCCGAUGCCAUUUUGAUUUCUGAGUGAAAUGUGUCAUGACUAUACUAGCAGAACGUACAAAGAAAGUAGCAUAAGCAAAGAUUGAAGUAGCAAUUUAACAUAAAACACUACAAUGGUUCAUCAUUUAAAAAUAAUAUACAACAUUUGAAGACUACAUUGAUAGGAUGCUUAUAAAUGUAGCUUGAAAAACUGCACCUGGCUUAAUAGCAUGCUAGCUGUUCCUCUGGUAGCUAGCUGACUAGCUGGACAGAUAGGAACUUCCUUUAAAUACUGUACGUGUUAAAUGGGUUUAAAGGAAAGUGUGGCAGUUGACAUGAACUUAAAUCUAAAAAGUGUUUAACAAGAAGUUAACUGAUUUUGCUGUCUGGUUCACACUGUAGCAAGUUAACAAACGAGCUAGCUAGCAAAUUGAUCUAGAACUCGAGAAAAAUGACAAAAAUCCCCCAAAAGCAAGUACACGCUUUCAUGCGAGUACUUGUGAAAUUCGGAAAUAGUCCAGGGCUUGUUUAAAUAGGUUAGAACUUAAGAAUAGUUCAAUCACUAGUCCUGGAUUUAACAAAUUACCAUUUCAUGUGUACUAACUUCUUCUUUUGGUUUAUUGGUUUAGUGGGUUUUUUCUUUUUUUUUUGAUGGAUUUUAAUAACGAACACAGAGGCACAACGGCAAAAACAACUUAAUUUACAUAAUUUACUUGAAAUAUUCAACGCUGUGACUUACUCUUAUAUAGUAGAUAUAUAAGCAACCACCAAGUGAAUGACAACAAAAUUAAUGGUUAAUAUGGCAUGUUCUUUCAGUCAGUGUGAGGAAAGUAUUUCAGCUGUCGAUGGUUGCUUCAGUAUACAGUAGUACUCUCAAUUUAUGUGCACUUUUUACAGAUGUUAUUUUCUAUGUCAGAAUUCUGAGCUUGUUCGUGCUCUUGAACUGUAAAGAAUGUAACAAUACACUGUCUCUUCUACGGCACCAUACCAACUUCAUCCUCGUAACGAAUGUACAGUGGCCUGAACUAACCACUGACAGAUUCUCUGUAUUGCAUAUUUUGUUGUUGUUCAUGCACACCUACCACAGCUGUACAUAUCGACAAUUAUAAAACAGAAUCUUGUUUUGUUUGUUUUUUUCUUAUUUGAAAUUUUGCUGUAUUGUUUUUAACAGAACUUGAUGGUCAUCUGUUUUUCCAGUUCCUUUUUUUUUCUUUUGGAAAUGUAAAAAUAAAAAAUGUUAAGACAUUA